AUGGAAACCGGCUCUCCUCCUCCCGAGCCGCGCGAAGACCGUGGUCCUCGUAUCCCUCCUGCAAAACUCGCAACUAUCAAGGCCGAACCUACUAUCUCUAUUUUCUACAAGCCCACCAAAUCCGCAGCACUCCAACUCCUCGACGGCAAAUUCCCACAAGAUGCAGCUAUGGUCUUCUGUGACCGCAUCCGCCGCGAGCUCUUGGACAACAGUGGCACCAAAUCCUUCACGGUCACUGGGAACGAUGUAACUGGCUUGAACGAGGUUUUGGCAUGGAUCAAGCAGUGUGUUUCUGAGGGAAGCAUCAUCAAGUACAAGGAUCUUAGCGACGACACUCCCAACCUCCUGACCGCCUAUGCCAAUGUCAUUGUCUCCGCCACCUACCUGGGCAUCCCUGCGCGUGACCUUGCUGAAGGCCUGACGAAGCGAAUGCAGGCAAUCGCACGCAGAGUCUUGAUGAGCUGGGAUGAAGUUGAGUGGUUCUACAAUUCGCCAGCCUUGAGAGCAUGUGGUGACUCCGUCCGCGAAGUUGCAGCUGCCAGCAUUUUCUGGGCGUGGUGGAAUCGGAAGCUUGACGAUGAGGAAACCCCUGACGACAUGAUGUUUCUCGACGUCUUGAGGCAGGAGAUCUCGAAGCUCAAUGACGACUUGCACAACUGGUGUGAUCGCAACGAGCAGGCUAUCCGCGCCAAAUGGGAAGAAAAGAAGAAUGGUAGAGCUGCAGAGACUGCAGGAGCCGACAGUUUUCAGAACGACGGAUUGACGUCUCGCGGUGUAGGCGGUGGUUGGGACGACACUGCUGCUUCUCCUACUGGUGCUGGUGCAGGGUCGGGCGGUUGGGACGACGAGAAUUCUCCUCCUGCUGCGAAAGCUAGCAAUGACGCCGACGGGGAUGAGUUGGCGGUCCAGGAAACUUCAAAUACAGGUGACGCUGCAGGUCAGGCCAGUCGUGACGGGGAAGCAAAUCCUGAUCGCUCGUCUGGUGUUGACUCCGCUAUCGAUGUGGGCACAGGUUCAGGGUCCCCCGCAUCUGCUGUCGACAAGAGCACCGGCUAUGACCUCCCAGAGCAGAAAGACCAUGCUGCAGGACCCGGGGAGCAUCAAGACACGGCAUCGUACGGCGUUGUUGGCGACGACCUGGGCGCGGACGGCGGCGACUGGGCGGACGAAGUCAAUCAGCACGAUACGACUACCCUGCAAGGAUGGUAG